UUUGGCCCAAGACCGUAUAUUGUCUAAUUUUCUCAAAAUUCAAUCUUCAAUCAAUUCUGAUAGAGAAAAAGGUUACAGAAAUAAAAUGGAGGGAAUCAAAGAAACAGAAUCACAAGAAGAAAUAGAGGAACAUGAAGAACAGAAUAAUUGUUUUGUAUGGGAUGAUAACUCUCAGCUCUACUACCACCCCAGAAGCGGAUUUUAUCAUGACCCUAAUGCUGGUUGGUAUUACAGUAGUAGUGAUGGACUUUAUUACAAGUUUGAGAAUGGAAGUUAUGUGCUUUUUGAAUAUGACAAGGUCAAUGAUUGUGUAUCACAUGGUUGCCAAGAAACUGUUCAGCACAAUACUGCUCAAGAAAAUACUGAGGAUGAUAUUUCUUUAUUGACAGUAGAUCAACCUGAUGUUUAUUCAUGCGGUCAAAAUGUUUCUGAUGAGAGUAUUCCCCGUGCUGACGCAGAACAUAGUGCAGACCAAGAAGCUGAAAUGCCACGUCCACCAUCAGAGUGGUUAGAAGAGACGCUUAUAAAUAUUUAUCUAUCUGCGGGAAAAAAACAUGUCAAUGAUGCUGAUAUUUCAACAAUGCCUUCAGAUGUCGAUGGUACAUCACCUGAGGAUUCUCAAGUGUUGAAAGAUGGUCAGCUCUCAGAACACCAUUGUAGCUUAACUGGUGAAUCUGGAUGUACCAUAGAUGAAGAUGUCUGUAAGGAUGAAGAAAACUGGCUAGCUCAGUACGGUCAAGUAGUUUAUUCUGGGGAACAGUCGGUCCAAGAUUUUCAAGUUGUGAAUUUGUGGGAUUGGGCCAUGGUCACAGAUUCUGGAAAGGAUAUAAAAGGUCACACGACUAGGCUCAUUGGUCGGCUGGUGAAAAGAUCUGCUAAACUUCAUCCAUCUAUGCCUUCCAGUAGUGGCUUUUUCAGAACUGCUCCAAUAUGUGAAGCACAUCUUGAUCUGGUACGAGUUAGAACAGGACAAGUAUACAAGUUGCAUAAUCCAAGUGCAAGAUAUCUAUCUACAUUAUCAAGUUAUGAUUCUUCCAACCCAACAGCAGACUGGGGUUAUCCAGAAGUAUCAAUAAAUGUUCAAGCCAUUCCUGCAACCAAAUCAUUUGGGAAAAGUGAGCCAGUAUUGGAUGAUGAAAACAGUGAUAAGGCCAUAGCUUUGUCUCCCAAUGAACUCCCCACAUCCAAAAAGCAAAGAAUACAUCACUACAGAGAUAGAGCUGCUGAGAGAAGAACCUUGCAUGGAGGUUAUGGAGCAGGCCCUGGACAAAAGAGUUCAUCUUUUGAUGUUUCUGAUGCAACAUCUUCGGUUUCCACUUCUACAGAGGAAGCGGCAGCUGAGGCCUUAAACAUGUCACUUGGAGUUGGUACUUAUGGAAGGAAAAUACUUGAAAAUAUGGGCUGGAAAGAGGUAUACUCUACUGGCAUUUUCGGCAGCUACGCAAGUUAUGCAUAUAUUUUGACAAUUCGAAAUCCCCUUUGUUUUUGGGGGAAGGUUUAGGCAAAACUGUAAAGGGCCUGACCACGCCCAUACAACCAGUUGGAAACACAGGCAAUGCUGGGCUCGGCUGGUCUAGAGGCAGGAGCACAUAAUGAAGAAUUACUUUCUGACCCCAAAUUUUAUGGAUUCAUCAACGUUGUUAUGGUUGUUCACCUUUGUAAUUUGCUCAGGUUUGUUCAUGGAAAUUGAUCACCUGUAUAUGCUUGUAUAUUUACAGAAUCCACUGCGCUCUCUAGUCUAAAAUGUAUUCAAAGAUGAAGAUUUGAUGUACAUGGUAAUUCUUUAAUGAAGACCAGUAGCAGUCUUA